AAAGAAACACACAACAACAAAAAUGACUAGAUCCAUCUAUUUGUGUCUCUCCGUCUUCUUAUUCAUUUCUUGGAUUCCAAAGCUAACCACAAGCUACCCUCUCUCCACAAAAUCAAGAUGGAUCGUGGAUGAGAAAGGCCAAAGAGUGAAGCUAGCCUGCGUGAACUGGCCGGCGCAUCUCCAGCCCGCGGUGGCUGAAGGGCUAAGCAAACAACCAUUAGACUCCAUUUCCAAGAAGAUUGUAUCAAUGGGAUUUAACUGCGUUAGGCUCACCUGGCCUCUUGAUUUGAUGACUAAUGACACAUUGGCUCAUAAUGUUACCGUCAAACAGUCUUUUGAAAGGUUGAAUCUGCUUGAUGAUGUUCUUGGCAUUCAAACUCACAACCCCAAAAUCCUUAACCUACCCAUAUUCAAUGCAUUCCAGGAAGUGGUAACGAACCUUGGACAAAACGGAGUGAUGGUGAUACUAGACAACCACUUGACAACGCCAGGAUGGUGUUGCAGCGACAACGACCUUGACGCCUUCUUCGAAUACCCUAACUUUGAUCCUGUCAUCUGGACCAAGGGAUUGAGCAAGAUGGCUACUCAUUUCCGCAAUGUCACUAAUGUCGUUGGCAUGAGCCUUAGGAACGAACCACGUGGCACGAGAGAUUUCCCUGACCUCUGGUUCAGGUACAUGCCAAAAGGAGGAGAAGCAGUACACGCCGCAAACCCUGAAGUAUUAGUCAUCCUCUCCGGCAUCGACUACGACACAAACCUCUCUUUCCUCCGUGACCGUUUCUUCAACGUCAGCUUCACUAACAAGCUCGUCUUCGAGCAACAUUGGUACAGCUUCUCCGACGGCCGAGACUCGUGGAAGAAACAAAACUCCAACGAUUUCUGCGCAAGAAUCAUCGAGAAAGUCACACAUAACGGAGGAUUCUUGAUGGGGAGAGGCUUUCCUUUGUUCUUGACUGAGUUUGGGGCUAACCUGAGAAGCGGUGACGUUAGUGGAAACCGGUAUAUGAAUUGUUUGGUGGCUUGGGCUGCGGAGAAUGAUUUGGAUUGGGCGGUUUGGGCAUUAACCGGAGAUUAUUAUUUGAGAACCGGCCAAAAACAUAUGGUUGAGACUUUUGGCGUUUUGGAUCCUAACUGGAAAGAGGUCGCCAACUCUACUUACUUGCAGAAACUCUCCGGAAUUCAACUUCCAGUUAGAGGACCCGGUCUACAAUCCAAAAAACUUCUCUUCCACCCAACAACGGGCCUCUGCGUCACCAGUAAUCUCUCAAACAAUUUACCAACACUUCGAUUGGAACAAUGCCGUAAAGCCGAGUCGUCGACCUUUGAUCCUAGUGAAGGUAUUCUUUGGAGUAACAAAAUGUGCGUCGAGAUUCCAGAUGCUGUUGGACAGAAGGUGAAGCUUGGAGUUGGCACUAAGUGCUCUAAGUUGGGACAAACCUCAGCCACUCACAUGCAUUUGUCGUUUAAGACAACCAGUAGUGGUUCGUUGCUAUGUCUUGAUGUGGAUGAACGUGACAACAGCAUCGUCGCUAACCCUUGCAAGUGUUUGACCAAGGAUGCUUCUUGUGACCCAGCGAGCCAAUGGUUCAAAGUUCUUUAAAUUGUGUUCGUUUUCUUUAUAAAAUGAUCACGUUCUUUAUGUUUAUAUUCGGGACAAUAUAUAUGUGUAAUCAAGAUCGUGAUCGAGCAUGUUCUGAUGUUUAUAUUAAUUUCUUAAAAUGAAAAAUAAAAUUUCACUA